UCGCUGCGGCGCCGGAAGCGGCGCGGAGGGAGCUCGGGGCGGCGGCGGCACCGCCGAGCCGGGACCGGCCCUGCCCUGCCCCGCCUCAGCCUCCCCAGCGUGGGAGUGGGCCCAUGGCACUGCAGCAGCCUCGCUGAGGGUUUGGCCUGGAGCAGGGGCAGCCCCUGGCCGGGAGCCCCGGUGGACAUGAGAGGAAAGCAGCACACAUCCUGACCCCCGCCCCACACGGCUGCCCCCUGCCAGCCCCCGGGACUAUGGAGGAGUGGAAGCCCAACCCCCCUGUGAAGCCCCACAAGAAGAGGAGCUGGUAUCUUGCCUGGAAGUACAAGCUGAUGAACCAGCGCGCGCUGCGGAAGCUGUGCCAGACAGGUGCUGUCCUCUUCCUGCUUGUGACUGUAAUUGUGAACAUCAAGCUGAUCUUGGACACCAGGAGAGCUGCUUAUGAGGAGGAAGAGGAGUCUGCACAGGACUAUGAUGAUGAGAUGCUGAAUGUGGAAGUCCCCAGACACCCUGUCAACAACAAGAAGGUCCUGGAUGUCGAGGUGUACUCCAGCAGGUCGAAAGUCUAUGUUGCUGUGGAUGGGACAACGGUCCUGGAAGAUGAAGCUCGGGAGCAGGGAAGAGGGAUCCAUGUCAUCGUCUUAAAUCAGGCCACGGGACAUGUGAUGGCCAAGAGGGUCUUUGACACCUAUUCCCCCCACGAAGAUGAAGCCAUGGUACUUUUCCUCAACAUGGUUGCCCGGGGCCGCAUCCUAAUUUUCACCAUUAAGGAUGAAGGCUCCUUUCACCUCAAGGAGACAGCCAAGAAUGUCCUGAAAAGCCUGGGGAGCCAAGUUGCACCUUUCCUGAGCUGGAGAGACAUGUGGACAUUUGUGGGGAAGAAGGGGGGAGAAGUGUAUGGGGAGAAGCACGCCAAGUCACCUGCCCUCUCAACGUGGGGUGACCCUGUUCUGCUGAAGACAGAAGUUCACUUGACAUCUGUGGAAGAUGCUGAGUGCCAUUGGCCCGACACGGAGCUGAACCGGCGCCGCAAGCGGUUCUGCAGCAAAGUGGAAGGAUACGGCAGCGUCUGCAGCUGCAAGGACCCCACACCCAUCGAGUUCAACCCUGAUCCCCUCAAAGACAAUAAAGUCUUUGAUGUGCCAGUAGCUGUCAUUGCAGGGAACCGCCCGAACUACCUGUACAGGAUGCUGCGUUCCUUGCUGUCGGCUCAGGGUGUCAAUCCACAGAUGAUCACAGUCUUCAUCGAUGGCUACUAUGAGGAGCCGAUGGAUGUCGUGGAGCUGUUUGGUCUCUCAGGAAUACAGCACACUCCCAUCAGCAUUAAAAAUGCCAGAGUUUCCCAGCACUACAAAGCCAGUCUGACUGCAACCUUCAACCUGUUCCCGGAUGCUAAAUUUGCUGUGGUUCUGGAGGAAGAUCUUGACAUUUCUGUUGACUUCUUCAGCUUUCUGAGCCAGUCAAUACACCUUCUGGAGGAGGAUGAGAGCCUGUACUGCAUCUCUGCUUGGAAUGACCAGGGCUAUGAGCACACAGCUGAGGACCCGUCACUCCUGUACCGUGUGGAAACCAUGCCAGGCCUGGGAUGGGUGCUCCGGAAGAGCCUGUACAAGGAUGAGCUGGAGCCAAAGUGGCCAACCCCAGAGAAGCUCUGGGACUGGGACAUGUGGAUGCGGAUGCCUGAGCAGCGGAAGGGCCGGGAGUGCAUCAUCCCGGACAUCUCACGCUCCUACCACUUCGGCAUCGUGGGGCUCAACAUGAAUGGCUACUUCCACGAAGCCUAUUUCAAGAAGCACAAGUUCAACACUGUUCCAAAUGUCCAGCUUAAAAAUGUGGAGAGCUUGAGGAAGGAUAACUAUGAGACUGAAAUUCAUCGGCUCCUGGGUGAGGCUGAGGUCUUGGACCACAGCAAGAACCCCUGUGAAGACUCCUUUGUGCCCGACACUGAGGGCAGGGUCUACGUCAUGUUCAUCAGGAUGGAGCAGGAAGCAGAUUUCACCACCUGGACUCAACUUGCCAAGUGCCUCCACAUCUGGGACCUGGACGUCCGCGGGAACCACAAGGGGCUGUGGCGGCUGUUCCGCAAGAAAAAUCACUUCCUUGUGGUGGGGGUCCCUUCCUCCCCCUACUCGUCCAAGAAGCCCUCGUCAGUGACACCAAUCUACAUGGAGCCCCCUGCCAAGGAGGAGGGGGCGGUGCCAGUGCCAGCGGUGGCAGCAGCAGAGCAGACGUGAGGCUGGCACCUGGAAGCAAAGGGGACCGGGGGAGCACAGAGACCCCCACGGUGCAGAGACACAGUUGGCAGCAGCUCUCGGAGGCUGGUGACUGGAUACAGACUCCUGUUUUGGGCUGCAGAAGCAGAUGUUGGGCUCCCUCCAGCCCCCCAUUGUGGUCUCCCUUUCCCUUGCACAGGACAGGGUCCUUCCCUGUAGAUAUGCCACCCCAAUCCCAGGAACUUGGGUUUUUUUAACACAGACACUACUAACGCUGCUCCUUUUGCCCCCUGGCUGGGCAGGGCUGGAGGAAGGAGAUGCUCAACUGGAGCCUAGAGGGGGCUUCAAAAAACACCUCUGCUCUCCUUUUUGGCCCUGAAGUCCUGAGAAGGCAGCAUGGUGCGAGUGCUGCAGCCUGCCAGCUGGGUGUUAUUUAUUAACUCUUGCCUGCUGGCUUUGUGCCCCAUGGUGAACACAGUGCUGAAGAGGGGAUAUUCCAGCAUCUCUCCUGUAACCUGCACGAUGGAUGCACCUUGAAGACUGUGUGCUGGGUUGGACAUCUUCCUGCACACUGGCUUUGCUGCGUGGGCUGCAGGCACUGGUGCAGCCCAGCUCACAGAAAAGGGAAUGCUGGAGAGGAGCUGGACUUGCUGCAGACACAGAGGGACACCCCACACCCAGCACGAGGGCGGUCAGUUCUGGAAGCUGGAGGUGAUUGUAGGUGGAAGUGGACCAGGCCGUGUGCUCUGGCUCAGACUGUCCUCACCCACCUUCUCUGUGGGGAGCAGCCCUGCCCCUGGGUCGUGGGAGAGGGGGUGAAAGUGCCUUGCAGUGAGAAGGGAGCAGCCAGCAGGCAUCAUCCCCUGGCUGCAGGGGCCGGGUUUGCCAGGGUCAUCUGGAGCAGGAGAUGCUGCACUGUGGUCCUUGCUUGUGGUACUGUACCCUGCCUCUCCAUCCUUCCUGCCCUGGUACCCCCUGCUUUUGCUGAAGGCAGAGGGAGUUUCUUCUCCUGAAUUCCCACCCAUACUGUGGUAAGUUGCUGGCAGGGAAGCUAUGAGCUGGUAUGGGAUGGGCAGCCUGGCCCUCCCACUGUGGUACACCCCUCGUGCAGAGGGAGAGGGAGGGGGUUCCGUGCCUUAGGAAGGAUUCCAGGGCCCCCUCCCAUCCCCAGCCAUUUGGUACUAAUGCCCCUGCACCCCGAGGGGGCAGUCCUGGUCCCGUUGCUCAGUGCAGCUCCUCCUCUCAUCUGUGCAGCAGGAGAUUGAUUCUCUGCCCAUCCCCUGGCCUUGGGCAGGGAUGCAGUGCUCAGGCUUGCCUUUGGGAGAAGGAAUUGCUGCUCAGCCCUUUCCCUGAGGUAGCAGGGGCUCUUGCCCUUCAUUUUCUCACUGUGAACUGAGCAUUGGGGUCUACACUACACUAACUUAUUUAUUUAUUGCUCCUGGGAAGGGGUGAAUAACAGGAAGCAGCAUGGAGAGCUGGCAGCCCCCAGCCUGCACAGGUGCAGUCAUGGGAGGUUUGUCUCUUGUCCCCCUGACUCCACCCUCUGUUCUCUGCUUUUCUCCCUUGCCCACAAUAGGAAUGAAAACUUGUGAACCAGGGAAUUUCUCGUGGCCAGGAUGAUCCCAGUGUGGAUGCAGCACAGCUCUGGCAUGACUGCAGGGACUCUGACCCUCACAGUCCCUUGCAUGCCUGCCCCAGCAGCAGGGAUGGGAUGGGAUGGGAUGGAUGCAGGAGGGAACAGGAGCGUGCAGAGUGGCGUACUGAGGCUGCAGUACUGGUCUGGGGCUCAGCCCUGCCCUCCCCAGCCACCCCCAGUCUGCCCUGGUGGCCCCUGUGCUAGCCUUCAGGGUAAGGCAGGUCUUUUACAAGGAUGGAAAAGGGACUUCUUUCUGAGGAAAAGUAGCUUGCUCCCCAUGCCCUGCUUUGGAAGAACUUCCCAAUGGCUCUCCGGUUGCCCUUCCUUGGCACCUCUGUUCCCAAGGCUCAGUUUCUCUUCCCCUUGAAACUAAAUGCAUCCUCCUGCCCUUCUCAGGUAGGGCUCAGGCUUGGCUUCUUCCCAGCUCCUUUUGGGGCUGGAGAAGGUGGUCCUAGGGAUAGGGGAUGGCUAAACAUGAGUUCCCCUCUCCUGCCCUGCCAAACAGGGAUGUGGCUCCCUGCUCUCAGUGACAGCAGGACUCAGCUGGUGGGCUUCAGGCUCCCCCUUCUCCACACACCAUGCCCGGCCUACGGGGUGCUGUUCUCCAUCCCUCUGUCCCCCCAGCAAGGCUCAGGAGUGGUAGCUGUGGCAGGGCUGGGUGUGUGGCAUCACCAGGGUUUGAUGCUUUCUGAAUGGAAUUAUUUUUUCAAGAGUAAACAUUGCAAAGCUGUUGA